AUGACGACUCCGAUUCCAGAGCAAAAGCCUGCUCAGGCCAGCGCACCGGUUCAGGCCAGCGCACCAGUCCAUGGCAGCGGCCCCGUCAAGGACCAAGACGUAAAGUACUGGACGGACAGGGCCAACGACUUGCUCGCCCGUCCCUCAGAGCACAUCCACUCUCGAUCGCCCACCGGGGCCCAGUCAUGGUUUGCAGGAUUUUUCGACUGCUUCAAUCCCAUCGACACCUGUUUAAUCACAUGUUGCCUUCCAUGCGUCACCUUUGGCAAGGUCCAGCACAGAAUGCAGCAUUCAGUCGAGCUCGAAGGGUACGAGCCCGUCAACACCAGCUGCCUGCUGCUCUGUGGCGCCGCCUGCCUCGGCGUUGCCUGUGUCCCUGUCGCAAUGCAGCGCCAAGCGAUUCGCGAAAAGUACAAUCUCGAGGGCAACUGCAUUGAAGACAUUGCUAGGACAAUUUGCUGUGGAUGCUGCUCCAUUAUCCAGCAUGACAAGGAAGCGGAGAAUCGUGAGCGUCUUCUGCGCCAAGGCAGCGUGGACCAGCAAUACAAGACAGCUCCUGGCAUGACUUACCCACCGCAGUGA